CUCGCGAAGGUUUCUUCCAGAAAGUAAACAAAGAUUUCUUGAGAAUUCGUCUGUAUUUUGGUUGAAAAAAUCAUGGUAAUUCUGCGUGCAAAAUGUGUUAUAGCCGGUGAAUGUAGUGUAGGAAAGAGUGCUUUGGUGCAAGUAUUUGGUAGCGAUGGCUCUCAGUUUCCAAAGAAUUACAGCAUGACUGCCGCAGUUGACCUUCAUACGAAAGUCGUAAACAUUCCUGAGACCAAUGAUAGUGUGGAAUUUUAUCUUUAUGAUUCAAGUGGGCAGGAAAUUUUUAAGGACAUGGUGCAGCAGUCGUGGGAUACACUUGAUCUAGCAGUGAUAGUAUAUGAUGUCACCAAUGAACAGUCAUUUAAUGCUUGUGCCAAAUGGAUUGAUCUUUGCCAGAAGCGAAAAUCUACGAACAAAAUGAUUGGUGUCCUUGUCGCCAACAAGACAGAUCUAAAACAACGCCGGGCUGUCUCAAUGAAGCAAGGCAAAGAACUUGCUGGUUCCCACGGUCUUGAAUACUUUGAAACCUCAGCUAAACAAAACCAAAAUGUGGAAGCUGCAUUUUACUAUCUCGCAAGCACAUAUCAUCAAUUGUAUAAUGAUAAAAUUGCUCAAAUGCAGUCGAUGGUGUGAUUACAUUGAUAUAUGUUAUUUGUACAUUUGUAAAUAAAUGUGUAGAUUAAAAUAAGAUAAAAUAAGAAAUGAUGAUGUUGAUAAACUAAGAAAUGAGCAGUGGUAAAUGGUAUUUCUCAACAGAACUCACUCUGUUGAAACGGAUUUGUUAGCAGUUGUCCCCCCAAAAUGCUGGAAAUCAAGUAAUAGGGACUUCAAAAUACAGAAAACACAGGUACUGCAGACCCCCUACAUCUCAUCCAUCUGUAAAUUACCAAUUUCCAAUU